UUUUGGCACCUCUAUCAGACUGCUUAGCUGAAAUGGAACUUUGGUUCUUCAUUCUUCUCACCAUCUCCAUUUCUCUCAUUCUCAGAGCCAUCUUAAACCUCUUCUCCCCUCCCAAAAAGCUCAGCUACACUCUCCCACCAGGCCCUUUCACUUUCCCCGUCAUCGGUAACAUCAUAUGGGUCACCAAAUCCUUCUUCCAAAUCGAGCCAAUACUCCGCAACCUCCGGAAAAAGCACGGUUCCAUGAUCACUCUCUACAUCGUUUCCCGUCCCUCCAUCUUCGUCUUCGACCGUUCCCUUGCUCACCAGGCUCUGGUCCAGAACGGUGCACUAUUUUCAGACCGACCCAAAGCUCUUCCUACUAGCAAAAUCGUAACUAGCAACCAGCACAACAUUAGCUCUGCAUCAUACGGGCCGAACUGGCGGGUUCUACGGCGGAACCUGACAUCGGAAAUUCUCCAUCCUUCACGUAUCAAGUCGUAUUCUCAUGCUCGGAAAUGGGUUUUGGACAUUCUUUUUGAUGGGUUACAGUCCAAGGCUAAAACGGGGGAACCAGUUCAGGUUUUGACCCAUUUUCAAUAUGCCAUGUUCUGUUUGCUGGUUUUAAUGUGCUUUGGUGACAAACUGAACCAGGAGCAGAUAAAAGAGAUUGAGGAUGUAUUGCGAAGGGGGCUGCUGAGUAUUGGGAGAUUCAAUAUACUUAACUUUUGGCCUAGUGUCACCAAGGUUUUGCUUCGUCAUCGAUGGCAGGAGUUUCUUCAGCAGCGUAAAGAUCAAGAAGCAGUGCUGAUUCCUCUGAUUAGAGAAAGAAAGAAAGCUAGAGAGAUGAAAAAGGAGAGUGAUGGUGAUUAUGUUUUAGCAUAUGUUGACACUUUGUUGGAUUUGGAGUUACCAGAAGAGAAAAGGAAGCUUGAAGAAGGAGAAAUGGUUAGUUUAGCCUCCGAAUUUCUUAACGCCGGUACUGAUACCACCUCCACCGCUUUGCAAUGGAUUAUGGCGAAUCUAGUGAAAUACCCUUCAAUUCAAGACAGGUUAUUGAUUGAAAUUAAAGGGGUUGUCGGAGACGAAGAUGAAAUCGAAGAAGAUGAUUUACAGAAGAUGCCUUAUUUGAAAGCAAUGAUAUUUGAAGGGCUAAGAAGGCACCCACCGGCGCACUUUGUGCUGCCUCACCGUGUGAAAGAAGACACCAUCCUUGGCAAACAUUUGGUCCCUAAAAAUGGAACCAUCAACUUCAUGGUGGCAGAUAUGGGGUGGGAUCCAAAGGUGUGGGAUGAUCCCAUGGCGUUUAAGCCUGAAAGGUUCAUGAAAAGUGAUUCCUGCGACAGCGAAGUGUUUGAUAUAACAGGGAGCAGGGAGGUGAGGAUGAUGCCAUUUGGUGUGGGGAGAAGGAUAUGUCCUGGUCUUAAUUUGGCACUCCUCCACCUCGAGUAUUUCGUCGCGAAUUUGGUCUGGAAAUUUGAAUGGAAGGCUAGGGAUGGAGACGAGAUCAGCUUGGAAGAGAAGCAAGAGUUCACGGUGGUGAUGAAGAAUCCAUUGAUGGCUCACAUUUCUCCAAGGAAGAGAUAAGGUGGUGGUGUUGUGGUUAAAUUAUACAUCAAAUAAGGUCAUAUGUGAAUGAAUGAAUUAUUAGAAUGGUGUAUGCGUCUUGCUUUAGCUUUCUCAUACACGACACCAUAAUAUCAUUUUCAAGUCCUUCUCUACGUGACUUGAAUGAAUGAAUUCGUCUCAUAUGGAAUAAAAGCGUUAGUGGCAACCUAGAUUGUGACGUCUAAGACAAUAAUAGGGCAACACACUAUGUUUUCACACACUUGUAAAACCAUAGUCUUGGAGUGAUUAAAGCCCACCCCGUGCUUUUUUCUUCA